AUGUCACAAGUUAGUGCUCCAUUGAGAAAGCUGUUAGAAAAGGACAUAGCUUGGCAUUGGGAAACAGAACAGAAAGAUAGUUUUCAAGCAUUGAAAAAGAUGGCAUCAGAAGCACAUGUAUUGGCAUUUUAUAACAAAGAUGAAACAGUAGUAUUGAACGUUGAUGCAAGUUCCUGUGGGCUCGGGGCAGUUCUACUACAAAACGAGAGACCUGUCGCAUAUGCCAGUAGAGCAUUAAAUAGUACAAUGAAAAAGUAUAGACAGAUUGAGAAAGAAGCUCUAGCGAUAGUCUUCGGAUGUAAGAAGUUUCAUGAUUACUUAUAUGGAACACAUUUCAUAGUUGAGUCAGAUCACAAACCUCUUGAAAGUAUCUUCAAGAAAUCAAUCACUGAAGCGCCACCACGAGUGCAAAGAUUCGCGAUCGCCUUGCAGAAGUAUGAUUUCAAGGUUGUUCAUAAACCUGGAAAGACUAUGCUGAUCUCAGACACUUUAUCAAGGUUGUACUUAGCUGAAACAAAUGAUGAACUUGUUCCUGAUCUAUCAGUUAAUGAAGUACAGCUUAAUGCCCAUCUGCCAGUUUCAGAAACAAAAUAUAAUGAGCUGAAAAGGGACACUGAAAAUGAUAGUGAAUCACAGUUACUGCAUAAAAUGCUUGACGAUGGUUGGCCGCAAAAUAAAUCUCAAACACCAGAACCAAUUCAGAAAUAUUGGGCAAUGAGAGAUGAAAUUACUUCUAUUGAUGGCUUAUUGUACAAAGGGCAGAAAGUUAUCAUUCCUAAAGCACAAAGGAAACAGAUGCUAAUGGUUGUCCAUGAAACACACAUGGGAGUGGUCAAGUGCAAAGCCAGGGCUAGACAAUUCAUGUAUUGGCCAGGAAUGAUGACAGAAAUACAAGAAACUGUUGAAAAAUGUGAAGUUUGUGCAAUUAACGAUAAGAAGAUGAGCAGAAAGGAAAGUAUGAUAUCACAUGACAUGCCAGACACACCAUCAGCAAAGAUAGGAGCUGAUCUAUUUGAACUGAAAGGCCAGCAUUAUUUACUAACUGUUGAUUACUACUCCAAAUGGCCAGAGGUAGACAAGUUGGACAAUCUAUCCUCUGCAAAUGUCAUAGGCUACAUAAAAAAGCAAUUUGCUAGAUUUGGUUAUGCAGAUGAGCUAGUAACAGACAAUGGGCCACAGUUUAGUAGUGCUGAAUUCAAAAGGUUUGCACAAGAAUGCAAUUUCAAGCAUACUACUACAAGUCCACAUUAUAGUCAAGUAAAUGGACAAACAGAAAGAUAUGUACAGACAGUUAAGAAUCUGAUCAAGAAAAGUGCCGACCCCAGCAAAGCGCUUUUGGACUACAGAAAUACACCACUGGAAGGUAUUAAACUUUCACCGGCACAAAUGCAUAUUGGUCGACGACUCAAAUCUUCAUUACCAACAAGAACAGAACUCUUGAAACCGACAUAUGUAAACCAAGAAGAUUUACUGCAAAAGCAUAGACAACGCCAGAAAACUCAGGCAGAAUAUUACAACAGACAUAGUGGUGCGCCAUUACAACCACUAAAUAAAGGACAAAAUGUUACCAUAAGACAUAAUGGUAAAAUACUACUUGUGAAAGUCAUCAAGAAACAUGAAGCUCCACGUUCUUACGUCGUCGAGACCAGCACAGGCAGGAUUCUUCGCAGGAAUAGACAACACUUGAAGCCUUCACGAGUACAGUUUCAACAAGUGAGUGAUUCUACACAAGUCUACAGAGAUCCGAAGAAACCAGUUUAG